GACUAUACGAAAAUAACAGCCCAAGCCCAAGCCCAAGCCCAGCGAGUGGCUUUGGAGGAAAGGCUAAUGUAUCGGACUUUGACGCACCGAAGCUGAACGCUGUACACCCACCAUGACCGGCGAUGACUCGUUUUCUCUGAACGACGACGCUUUCGCGGCGAACCCUAACUUUGACAUCUCCAUAGAAGAAGGCUCUCAAAACAGUGGAGAAUUGCUUGAGGAAGAAGGCAAUAAUCUUGAGAGUGAAUGUGAACAUUUAUUUCGGAUUGAUGAAGAUGAUCUUGAUGAUGAUAGAGAAGAAAAAGUCUUGUUAGAUGAUUCCCGGAAUCAUGGAAAUGAUGUAAACAUUAGUGAUGGUAAUGAAAGCUUUGGUGAUGAUAUAAGCAUAAAUGCUGACCAUGAGCAUGACAGAGAUGAAAGUUCUCUAAUUGAUUGCCAAAUUGAUUUAUCUGGAGAUAAGGAUUAUCCCCCUCCAGUUGCUGGGAUGGAAUUCGAGUCAUAUGAUGAUGCUUAUAAUUAUUAUAAUUGCUACGCUAAGGAACUUGGCUUUGCUAUUCGAGUGAAAUCCUCAUGGACUAAACGUAAUAGCAAAGAGAAACGUGGAGCAGUUCUCUGUUGCAACUGUGAGGGGUUCAAAACCCUUAAAGAAGUUAACAGUCGAAGAAAAGAAACUAGGACAGGGUGUUUGGCAAUGAUUAGAUUGAGAUUAGUAGAAUUUAACCGAUGGAGAGUUGAUGAGGUAAAGCUUGAGCAUAACCAUUCUUUUGAUCCUGAAAGAGCUCAGAACUCCAAGUCACACAAAAGGAUGGAUAUUGGGACUAAAAGAAAGGUUGAACCAUCCAUUGAUGUAGAGGUUCAAACAAUCAAGCUAUAUAGAAGUUCUGCAUUGGAUGCAAUGGGCCAUCAGGGCUUAAAUUCAAAUGGAGAAUCUAAAAUACAUGUCUACAAGCCUAGGCGUCUGCUGCUCAAGAAAGGUGAUGCCCAAGUCAUUCAUAAUUUUUUUCAUCGAGUUCAGCUUACUGAUCCAAAUUUUUUCUAUGUGAUGGAUCUUUAUGAAGAAGGUCUUUUGAGAAAUGUUUUUUGGAUCAAUUCCAGGUGCAGAGCUGCAUACAGUUAUUUCAAUGAUGUGGUAGCAUUUGACACUACGUGCUUGUCUAGCAACUUUGAGAUUCCUCUCUUUGCAUUUGUUGGAAUAAAUCAUCAUGGGCAAUCUAUCUUACUUGGCUGUGGAUUACUUGCAGAUGAGACGCCAGAAACGUAUGUUUGGUUAUUAAGGGCAUGGCUUACAUGUAUGUCUGGCCGUCCCCCACAGACUAUCAUCACAAACCGAUGCAAGGCUUUGCAAGGUGCAAUAGCUGAGGUUUUUCCAAGGGCUCAUCAUCGGCUUUGUCUAUCAGAUGUCAUGCAAAACAUUCUUGAGAAUGUGGGAGAGUUGCAAGAGUCUGAAACAUUUCAUGCGGUGCUAAGUAGGACAAUAUAUGAUUACGUGAAAGUGGAAGAGUUUGAAAUGGCUUGGGAAGACAUGAUCCAGCAUUUUGGGAUAAAAAAUAAUGAAUGUAUCCAAAGUUUGUACGAUGAGAGAGAGCGGUGGGCACCUGUUUUCUCAAAAGAAACAUUCUUUGCCGGAAUGUAUAAUUGCCAGAAAGGUGACUGGAUAAUUCCUUUUUUUCAUGGUUAUGUACACCAACAAACUUCUCUGAAUGAGUUCUUCAACAUAUACGUAUUAGUUCUUCAGAAAAAGCAAGAGAUGGAAACUCGCAAGGACUUGGAGUCCAGUGAUUUGAGCCUCCUGCUAAAGUCAAGAUGCCUCUUUGAGUUGCAGCUUGCUAAAUUAUAUACAAUGGAGAUAUUCAGCAAAUUCCAAGAUGAAAUAGUGAUGAUGUCUUCUUGUUUUAGUCUUCCUCAAGUUGAGACGAGUGGUGGACCCAUCAUGACAUUUGUCGUCAAAGAACGUGAAGGUGAGGAGAUUUCUCAAGAUGGAAGGUCUUAUGAGGUUAUGUAUGAUAAAGCAGGAGGAGAAAUCCGCUGCAUUUGCAACUGCUUCAACUUCAAAGGCUAUCUAUGCCGACAUGCACUGUUCAUCCUAAGUUACAAUGGCAUAGAUGAAAUUCCAUACCAGUACAUUCUAUCACGGUGGAGGAAGGAUUUUAAGCGGCUUUAUGUUCCAGAUCUUGGCCGUCAUAAUAUAGACAUUACAAACCCAGUUCAGUGGUUUGAUCACUUGUACAGAAGAGCAACGCAAGUUGUUCAAGAAGGCAUGACAUCUCAAGACCAUUAUAUGGUUGCUUGGCAAGCACUUAAGGAAUCCUUGAACAAGGUACGUCUUGUUUCUGAUAGGCAUGUAUAAAUUUGGCUAUACCAUCCUGUAAAUAACCUGACAUUUUUCUGUACAUUAUAUAUCUCAUUUGUUCAGCUAAUGCCUACAGAAUAGAUUUUGUUUGA